AAUUUUCGAAAUAUUCUUGAUCCGUCAGAAACAUAUUAUAAGAUAACGUAAUCAUAUAUCAAUCUCUUCUAUUAUAGAAUUCUUUAUUUAACAGGGUAGGAGCCCAUGAAUAAUUAAUCAAAGUCCCUAGUUUCUUGCUUCUGAUCAUAUCACAAAAUUACUCUAAAUUUUCACAUCCAUGGCCGACCAUUCAGAGCUUCACAUUGUAAUGUUCCCAUGGCUAGCUUUUGGUCACAUGAUCCCUUACUUGGAGUUGGCCAAGCACAUAGCUCAAAAGGGUCACAAAGUCUCCUUCGUUUCCUCUCCUAGAAACAUCGAUCGCCUUCCUAAACUCCCUCCAAAUUUAUCCCCUUACAUAAAAUUUGUAAAGCUUAGAUUGCCUCACGUCGCUGGGCUCCCCCAAGAUGCCGAGGCGACCACUGAUGUCCCAUACGAUAAAGUGCAAUACCUGAAAAAGGCCUAUGACGGCCUCAAAGAACCGUUAACCAAAUUCCUUGAAACUUCAGAUCCUCAUUGGCUCCUUUACGAUUUUGCUCCUUAUUGGCUACCUGAUGUAGCUAAAAACCUUGGCAUUUCUAAUGCUUUCUUUAGUAUAUUCCUAGCAGCGUCGCUGAGUUUCGUGAAGCCGCACUCCUGGAUUGAAUAUCGCUCAAAACCUGAAGAUUUUACAGUCCCGCCUAAGUGGGUUUCUUUCCCUAGUAAGGUAACUUUUCGUCUACAUGAGAUCUUGAGAAUCUUUGAUGUCGUAACAGGUGAUGAAUCUGAUGUUUCCGACAUCUACCGUAUGGAAGAAGUGGUCAAAGGCUGUGAUGUAGUUGUCGUUAGAAGCUGCGUGGAGUUCGAACCAGAAUGGUUACACCUGCUAGAAGAGAAUCAUGGCAAGCCAAGCAUACCUGUUGGCAUGCUUGCCACUACAGAAUAUAAUAGUGAAGAUGAGGAACCUGAGGCAUGGAGGUCAAUCAAAGAGUGGCUAGACAAACAAGAGAAAGGGUCUGUAGUGUAUGUAGCUUUUGGUAGCGAGGCAAAACCAACUCAAGUUGAGCUAAAUGAGAUAGCUUUUGGGUUAGAGUUCUCAGGGUUGCCAUUCUUUUGGGUGCUGAAAAAGCGUAGAGGAAUAGCCGAUACUGAAGUAAUCGAGUUGCCUGAUGGAUUCGAGGAAAGGACCAAAGAGCGUGGCAUGGUGUGCACUAGUUGGGCCCCUCAGCUCAAGAUCUUAGCUCAUGGCUCGAUUGGUGGGUUCUUGACUCACUCGGGAUGGAGUUCAGUUGUGGAGGCAAUUCAAUAUGAGAGGGCUCUUAUACUAUUAACAUUCUUGGCUGACCAGAGCUUCAAUGCUAGGCUUUUGGAGGAGAAGAAAAUGGGAUAUCCGAUACCAAGAAAUGAGAUUGACGGAUCUUUCAAUAGGGAUUCAGUAGCCGAGUCACUGAGAUUGGUAAUGGUUAAAGAGGAGGGCAAUAUUUACAGAGAGAAGGUUAAAGAGAUGAAGGGUUUAUUUGCAGACAGGGAAAAACAAGGUAGCUACGUUGACAAUUUUCUAGAUUAUCUUCACAGCCAUGCCCGUUCCAAGAAGAAUCCUAAUCAAGGAGUAAAUUAAAUUAUGUAAUGGAUUGAAUAAACAAUUUUAAACUGUAGUGAUGCAUGUGACUCCGAUCUUUCCGGUUGACUCGAUUGCAUGCUAUUAAUGUUUUUGGGCCUGUUGAAUGGAAUUUCCUGGGUGAAAGGCAGUGGCUCCUUUAAAUUCCUUUUCUCGAAGUCGACUGUUUGUAUUUUUUCUUAAAAAUAAAAACAUAACACCAAUAAUUACUUUCUUUUAUAUUAA